UUGCCUGGUCACUAUGAACAAUGGCCCAGCUAUACUACAAAAAGGUAAACUACUCACCAUACAGAGAUCGGAUCCCACUACAGAUUGUGCGAGCAGAGGCAGAGCUCUCAGUGGAAGAGAAGGCCUACCUCAGUGCUGUGGAGAAGGGGGACUAUGCCAGUGUGAAACAUGCCUUACAAGAGGCGGAGAUCUACUACAACAUCAACAUUAACUGUAUGGAUCCUCUUGGUCGCAGUGCUCUUUUAAUAGCCAUAGAGAAUGAAAAUCUGGAGAUCAUGGAGUUACUUCUGAGCCACUGCGUGUAUGUGGGAGAUGCUCUGCUGUAUGCAAUACGGAAAGAGGUGGUGGGAGCUGUGGAGCUGCUGCUGAAUUACAGGAAGCCAAGUGGUGAAAAACAGGUUCCAACCUUGAUGAUGGAUACACAGUUUUCAGAAUUCACUCCAGAUAUCACACCAAUAAUGCUGGCGGCUCACACCAACAACUAUGAAAUCAUCAAACUGCUUGUCCAAAGACGGGUAACUAUUCCACGCCCACAUCAGAUCAGAUGCAAUUGUGUGGAGUGUGUCUCCAGUUCGGAGGUGGACAGCCUGAGGCAUUCCAGGUCAAGGCUGAACAUCUACAAAGCCUUAGCCAGCCCCUCAUUGAUUGCCUUAUCAAGUGAGGACCCCAUCUUGACGGCCUUUCGACUGGGCUGGGAGCUGAAAGAGCUCAGCAAAGUGGAAAAUGAGUUCAAGGCUGAAUAUGAAGAGCUUUCCCAACAAUGCAAGCGAUUUGCUAAGGACCUUUUGGAUCAAGCACGGAGUUCCCGAGAAUUAGAGAUUAUUCUCAAUCACAGAGAUGAUCAAAGUGAAGAACUGGACCCCCAGAAAUGUCAUGAUUUGGCAAAACUAAAGGUAGCAAUAAAGUACCACCAGAAAGAGUUUGUUGCUCAGCCAAACUGCCAGCAGCUACUAGCAACACUUUGGUAUGAUGGUUUUCCAGGCUGGAGGCGGAAACACUGGGCAGUGAAACUCUUGACCUGUGUCACCAUCGGACUGCUAUUCCCUGUGCUAUCUGUGGCAUAUCUGAUUGCACCGAAGAGCAGGCUGGGACUGUUCAUUAAAAAGCCAUUUAUAAAGUUCAUCUGCCACACUGGCUCAUACCUAACCUUCCUCUUCAUGCUCCUGCUGGCAUCUCAGCAUAUCGUCAGGACUGACCUUCACAUGCAGGGACCGCCUCCCACCAUCGUGGAGUGGAUGAUCCUGCCCUGGGUUCUAGGUUUUAUCUGGGGAGAAAUCAAGGAAAUGUGGGACGGUGGAUUCAAUGAAUACGUACAUGACUGGUGGAAUCUGAUGGAUUUUGCAAUGAACUCUCUCUAUCUUGCAACUAUCUCCCUUAAAAUUGUUGCCUAUGUCAAGUACAACGGUUCUCGUCCAAGGGAGGAAUGGGAAAUGUGGCACCCGACUCUCAUUGCAGAAGCCCUCUUUGCAAUAUCCAACAUUUUAAGUUCUUUGCGUCUCAUAUCCCUGUUUACAGCAAAUUCACACCUGGGACCCCUGCAGAUUUCUCUGGGACGCAUGCUGCUAGACAUCCUUAAAUUCCUUUUUAUCUACUGUCUGGUGCUUCUGGCUUUUGCCAAUGGACUGAACCAGCUUUAUUUUUAUUAUGAGACCAGUGCCUCGGAGGAACCCAACAACUGCAAGGGGAUCCGAUGUGAGAAACAGAACAAUGCCUUCUCCACACUGUUCGAGACCCUCCAGUCUCUCUUCUGGUCUGUGUUUGGUCUGCUGAAUCUCUACGUCACCAAUGUGAAAGCCAGACAUGAGUUCACAGAGUUUGUUGGGGCCACUAUGUUUGGUACCUACAACGUCAUCUCUCUUGUCGUGCUGCUGAACAUGCUCAUAGCCAUGAUGAACAACUCCUAUCAGCUCAUUGCUGACCAUGCAGACAUUGAGUGGAAGUUUGCACGGACAAAGCUCUGGAUGAGUUACUUUGACGAAGGGGCCACCCUGCCGCCUCCCUUUAACAUCAUCCCAAGUCCCAAGUCUUUCUGGUACCUCUGCAAGUGGAUUCACAAUCAGCUGUGCCCAGGCAAUGACUCUGACAACGAACAGAAGAGACAUGAAAACCUCAAAACAUUCACGGAGCGCCAUGCUGACAACCUCAUCCAGAAUCAACAUUACCAGGAAGUGAUUAGAAAUCUUGUAAAGAGAUAUGUUGCAGCAAUGAUAAGAACUUCCAAAACCAAUGAAGGCUUAACUGAAGAAAACUUCAAGGAAUUAAAACAGGACAUCUCAAGUUUUCGCUAUGAAGUCCUUGACCUGCUGGGAAACAGGAAGCCACAGAGGAGAAGUUAUUCUACCAGUAGCACAGAGGUGUCUCAAAAGGAUGAAACAAAUGAGGAUAGUGCUGGAGAAAAACCCAAAGUCAAGAGUGUGUCUUUCAAUGUAGCCAACAAAAAAAAGGACUUCAAUGUAUCUGCGCUAAUUAAAACAAUGUCUGGGAUUGAUAUGGUGGAAGAGAAGCCAAAAAGCAAUGGGAUCAGUAAGCGCUCCUUCAUCCGAAAUGGAAAUAGAGUUCAGAGGCUUUCCAGUUCCAAGAAAGAGUCCUUUAAGAGACUGGGGCUGCUGUUCUCCAAGAUGAACGGACACGUACCUGAAGCAAAUUCAGAGCCCAUGUACACUAUUUCAGAUGGAAUUAUUCAGCCACACUACAUGUGGAAAGACAUCAAAUAUUCUCAGAUUGAUAAAGAGAGAGAAGAGAAUUGUUCCAAAAGUGAAAUUAACCUCAAUGAGGUAGACUACAGUAGGAACACAAAACUUACAGGACAGAGCAAGGAGUGCCCUGUGGUUUGUACCAGCUCCCUUCACUGUGCUUCCAGUAUUUGUUCCUCUAAUUCCAAACUUUUAGACUCAUCAGAGGAUGUGUUUGAUUCAUGGGGAGAGGCUUGUGACUUGUUUAUAAACCAGUGGAAAGACGGGCAAGAGGACCAUGUUACAACACGGCUAUAAGUAAGGCUAUCUUAACACCUGCUAGAAAACUUGGUUCAUUAUUUGUAAUUGUUUGCUCUCACCUGGUUCAGCAUUAUGAAUUCUUUUCUGCCCAUGGGAUGAAACAAAUGUAAAACUCUGUUAGCCUAUCUUAGAGCUAUCUGCGCCUCCUAUGAUUUUAUUUUUAUCUUCACAAAAGCUGAAUGGAAGGCUUCACCAUUUAGAAAAUCAAUGUAAACCACAGUAUUCAUUCAGAUGCAGUCAGUCUUUGACUCCCACCUAAUUCAGAUGCACCAGUGGCAGAGUAGAGAAUUCCUCCAGUGCUGUCCCUCAUCAUCCCAGCACUGCUGGGUUAUCACUGCUGCUAUCCAAUGUGCUUGGCUUUGCCUCCUGCUUGAAGUCCUCAUCAGUACAUCCAGCUGGUGAGCAGUGGCUUAGCAAGAGGCUGAGAGUCAUACGUAAAACCUUUUUAGGAAGGGUUUCAGGUUAUAACUGGCUUUUUCUUUUCUUUAAGCAAUACAACCUCUGAUUCUUGCAGUAGUGUGGUUUUUCAGGUCAUUAUAUUCAUAUUGUAAAUUCUUACUAAAAGACAGCUGUGGUCAUGCACCUAGAACAUGUUAUGAUUUGCUUAUUUACUUAACUGCAUUGAAGAAAUGCCCUGGUAGGGAGCAGAAUGGCCUCCCAGUGAGGCAGGCAGGGGAAGCCAGUAGCUGGCUUUGCUCCUAACUUCAGCAUUGAUGAACAACCCCAAACCAGCUGUGGCUGCCUGAGACAGAAAACUCAGUGUGGUUCUUAUGUCACUAAUGGUAAACCAAAACCCAGCCCUAAACCUCACCCAUACACUGAGCUGCAUCUGUUUUUGAAAUUCUCUCUCUUAUUUCCACUGCUGCAUUUGCUUUUUACUGCCUUUCUAGCCAAUAUCAUCUUUCAGGUAGAAGCCAUCCACCUGCUGUACAGCAGUGAGGUCUCUGGGUCUGUGAGCUGUAUUCCUGAGAAGCAACUGGAGUGAGAGCAGCCCAGACUGUAUCUGCCACCCCAGGAAGUCUCUGCAGUCCCUUUACUAAGGUGCAACAGAAAGGAACAUGGCAGGAAAUGUUACCCUUCUGUUAGUGUUUUUUCAAUUGUUCAUUUUCCCCCUCCGUUUCUGCUAGGCCCUAUCCAGGCUCUCCCAUUGUAUUUGUUGUAUUUGUCCUAAGGAGCAUCAAAGAGGGGGGAAGAUGCCCCAUCAAGAGCAAAAUGGUUGACAUGGUGAUUUUCCACAAUGUGAUACUUGGACUUUCUGUGCUGUUGCUGAGAUACACAGAUGAUUGGCACUCAACACUGCUUAAGAGCUGCUGUUAGUUGGCUGCUUGCCAGGAAGAAGCCAGUGCUGACCAGGAGCUGAGAAAUGGCUGUUCCUUACACCAUGGCUGUGUCCUGUUGUCAGGCUCAAGGCUCUAUUCCCAGGACAGGUUACAUGGGCUGGAGCACAUCCUGAGGUGUACUGCCAAAAAUCUUUUGCAGAAGCUGUGCUGUCCUGUGUAAAUGAGUUGCUGGGUGCCUGGGCUAUGAUACUUUGCCUGUUUAAAGAAAACCACCACCUUGUUGGGAUCUUCCUGAGGACACCUACAGAGCACAACUGCAUGGUCAUGAUGGGACAUGCCUGCAGCCCAGAUACAGGUGUGAACAGCUCUUGCAGCAGACCUGCAGAUGCUGACAGGCUUGGCUCCUGGGAAGCUUUGAAUUCAGAACUUGAAGGGGAAAGCAGGGCUUUAGGCAAACAACAGCAUUAAGAAAAAAGAGCAGCCAGGAAGAGAGACUCUGUUCUCAUUGUUACCAGCGUGCAGCACACAACCCAAAGGAUAUAAGCCUCUAGAUGUGCUAGGUGUGAGAGAGCAAGAAGCACUUCAGUAUGAAUAGACUUCAGGCUUUCAUACUUACUGCAGGGUUAUAGCAGUCUUUGAGAAUUGCAUCUUCUCUUCCUGAAAGUAAGGCUGAGCAAAGCAUCACGAGGAGACUUGCAGAAAAGCUGUCAGAAGCAGUUUGCUGAUUGCUUAAUGAGAAAUCCAGCAAUUCUAUCUUCCACAAUGCAAACCCACCUAUGAGAGCUGCAGUUAGAAGCAGCUGAAUGCAGUUCUCUAAGCAGCCCACAAUAAGAGCCCACAGUUUAAUAAAUCUAAUCUAGUGUAUUUUUAGAAGCAUGAACGUUAAUGUGAGCUGCUACAUGGAGUAAGAAGGGUUUGAAUUAUUUCAUGCCUCACCUAAGCAUACUGCAGCUUAUGAACUCUAGGGCAGCACAUCUUUAUGUUACCAGUGUAACAAGUGGGCAUAAAAACCACCCCAGUUUCGUUGUGCAGAUGAUGUCAGCUGAGUUGGAGGCUGGGCAGAUGCAGGGCUCACAUCCUCAGACAGCAGAAGAGCUUUUACGUUUUCCACAAAUCAAGCACACUGGAGCUGGCUCCGAUUAAAAGGUGUCAUUCAAAUUCAGCCCUACAUUAGCAGGUACAAAUCUCAAAAUGAAAUGCAAAUAACUCUGCAGCAAUGCCCCUCAAAAACAUAGAAGUGACAGAGGGUAAUGCAAAUCCCCUCUGUGCAAAUCGUGUGAGUCAUGUCCUCCUGCUGUGUCCUGAAAGGGCAGGGGUAGGAGCUGCCACAUUGUAAUGGCAUGAUGGAUAAAGCACUGCAAUAAUCUCUUGAUAGCAUUCUGUUGAACAGGAGAGGAACAUCAUGGGGCUGCAGCUCCUGGGGGAUUUGUUUCAUGACUCAGAUACUUCCCAGCUAUGAACUAGUUUGAGCUGGCUUUCAUAUUGAACACAACUAUUUGCUUUGACUAAGUGAUGAAUACAUUUAUCUAGGAGUUUGCAAAAUUGUCAGUCUGGUCUCCCCAGAAGGCCGAAUUGUUUGAUUGCAUCUAUGCACCCCCUUUUGUAGCAAUAGGCUUUAUAGCAGCUCGUGAAUUAUUAUUACUACUGUUAAGGAGGAGCGUCAGGGGAAGAAACUGAAAGAUCUUGUGGAAAAAAAUAUAUUUGAUUGAUCCCAGCCUUAUUUUUCCUUUUUAAAAUCACCUGCAGUCAGACUAUUGGAGAUUUUACUUACAUUUUUCCAUUUUCUUACUCCUUCCUUUGGAGGAAUGGUUGAAGCAUCUCUCUGCUGUUUGUGCAAGCAGCUGGGGUAGGAGCUUAUGAGACACUGAGCAUCUUUGGGAAGGAGUUAACCUAUUCCCUGGUUCAGGGUGCACAGCUGUGUCACAACUGGCCCAUGCCUGGCCUCUGUACCAGAUGCUCCAACAACAAUCAUCAUACAUAUGCUAUUUGGAAUUUGGAAUCACACAGGUCUUGAUCACUUGGCCUAUUCUUUAGGUUUUCUGCUCUUCAAAGUAGCUUUAUUUCUCACCUCCCAUCCCUGGCAUCAUUUUCACCUGGCUUUGUAACCUACAAGCAACCCCCAGUAGGCAUUCAGACCCCCAGGCGCGAACCAUCACAGAGCUACAAGGCAGUGUACUCAGGCCAGAGACUGAAGUUGUUGUAUAAAUAAGAAAUUAAGUAACAUUUCUGCAGAUUAUUUGGAUAAUUGUGUUUGUAUAUUAUUCACAUACUGAUAUAUAUGUAAAUACUCAACUAUUUGUAUUUCGUGGUCCCUACAGAAGCAGCAUGCACAGUGACAGAGCACAGGACUAGACAACAAGACUUGAGGUUUGUUCCCAGCUCUGCCACUGACUCACCUGUGACCUUGGGCAAGUCACGUAGCCUCUCAAAUGCCUCAGUUUCCCCAUCUGUAAAAUAGGGAUAAUACUACUUACCUACCUCGCAGGGGGGUUAGUUCAUUAUUUACAAGCACUUUCAGAUCUUCGAAUUAAAGGCGCUAUAUACAGUAACUAGUUAAUUCUCAUAGCAGUGGUACAUACUUUUCUUCUGAAGACUAAUUCAGGUUAGGAUUUUGCUAUGUCUGUUAAGGUAGUUUCCCACGUAGAAAAAAAGCAUGAUUUCCCACCAGGGGAAUUUAGGGCACUUCUGCAGUAGACGGAGACCUGGGAGCCUCAGCUAACUUCCUUGGUUUUGUGACAUGUCUGACUUGGAAGGUCACCUCACUGUACUUGUUUCACCCUUUUUCUAGUGAUACGUGUAACAGUUUUUAAACAGAAAUUGCCACUUAAGUACUUAUUACAUAAAUGUAUUCCUGUAUAAAACCUUACCCUUUAAAUAGGUUAACGCUGGUUGGCACAACAGACUUCCAGGCAUGGGGAGGUUCCACAGUCAGCCCAGCACUGUUUAUGUGCACACAGAAGUAAAAAAAAAAAAAAAAAAAAAAAAAAAAAGUUGGGCUUCAGGAAAACAUCACAUUCUUUCAUGUCAGAGGAGUGCUAAGGUUUGAUGUGCAUGGUAAGGGCACAGCAAGCAUUCUGAGCCCAGGAAUGUGGUGUUCUUACAGGAACAUGAGGGAAACUUCCACUUUGGAAAAGUACUAACAGCGUAAGCAGGGAUGCCCUUUACCCCAGGGCCAUCUCACCGAGAGAAAACCAGGCAAACACCAACUGCUCACUCGCUAUUAGGUAUAGGUCCUACAACACUUGGAACUUCUCAGCCUUGCUUUUAUUUUUUUCUUUCCUUUUCUAAAGGCCAAAAUCUCACAGAAAUACACAGGAAGAGGCUCCAUUUUUGACUGAGUUCUCCUUUAGCCAGUCUGCACUGCAGCAUGCCAAGUGUCCCACAGCCGUGUCUGUGAGAAGGCCCUGCACAGCCACCAAGGCUGACUUCCAAAACAGCAGCAUCAUCCUCCCAGCCCCAUUACAAUUCCACAGACAUCCAGAAUGGAGAAGUACAAAAAGCAAAAGCCAUCCACGCCACUGAGGCUGCCCAGAAUGAAUGAAAACUGUUACUUACCCAACAAGUCUCUGAAGCUGCCCUUGGAUGGAUGCACUGAAAGUCACUGUCUCCCUCUGGAGCAGCUCCUGGUGCUGCCCCUACCCAGGUGUGCCAGAAGCAUCAGUGAUUUCCAUUCAUGCAAAGGCAAAAUUAAUUGAAAUCAGUGAGACUACAGUGAAUAGUAAAUCAACCCACUAGAGUAUCAUCUAAAUUAAAGUGUCACCAAAAUAAUCUGCAGUUUUCAAGGAAUGUGUAACUUGAAACUUCACAAGUAUAAAAUCAAUCCUUGACUGAGUUUCUGGAGGCAGUGGGAGGCACUCUGGGCUGGCCACGUUAAUGUAUUUUCAAAUCAUUUAUAAUUCAAUUCCAUUUAAUUUUUACACUGCUUUCCCUGUUUCAGACCAUUACACUUGUACAAACAAGUCAUUUAUAUAUUAUUCACAUAAUUCCCUCCACCCAGAAUAACUGCUGCUCUGGAGUAAACUGAUGAUCGAGAAUGACUCUUAAAAAAGAAUGCUUUAUCUAAGAGAAGUGUAUUUAAAAGGCAAAAACAUCUUCUGAAUGUAUGACAGCGUGUUAUGCUUCAGGGAAACUCUUCUACCUGCUUUGCUUUUAUAAGGCAUGCAAAGCAAAACCCAAAACCAACAACACAAACCCCCACUUAGCUCACAUCGCUCACUACUGUGAGGCCAACCUGACCAUUCCAUUCUUUCUUUACAUACAGACCCUUCUCAACCUACAGCUCACCAACUUUGGAGAACAGCACUGCCCAUCCUGCUGGCUGGCAUGUCCUCCUUCAGCAUGGCUUGUUUCUUUCCUCUGGGGAUUUCUUCCCCUCCCAUUUAAAGCAUUUCCAUCAGCAGUAACUCUAAGCCAGAAGAGACAAUGCACUUAGAAUGAGAUGUGAUCAGCCAAGGAGCUGGCCAUUAGCACGUGAGCUAACAGAACACUGUGAUACCUUUCGCCAACAGAAUGAAAUGCCUUUUGACUAUAAAUAGUUGUUUUUGAGCAAAGGGGCACUUUUUGGUGUAGCUAUUUUUGAGGUAUUGUACAGUUUUAUUUAAAAACAACUGAAUGUGCUUAUAAGAUGGGUCUGGAAACUAAAGAGCUAGGGAUCCUUGAGAAGCAAAAGGGUGGUUGCAGAUGUGUAAGUACUCAAUUCUCUAUUCAGGAAGCCCUGGAGAAUUGGGCUUACACUGGAAAUGGUUGUGGGUUUUUUGUUUUGUUUUGUUUCAAAUCAAUCCAGCUUUAAUAUCAAAUUAAAUCUUCAUGAAAAAGCUAUCACAGAAACAGCUUCACGGCAGAUCAUAUUUGAAGAUGCUGUUUUAUUUCAUGGGAUAAAAAAAGGUGAGGAUUUUCUUCUUCCGUUUAAUUUUGGUCAGAAAUCAAAUGGCCUUUUCCAGGCAACAGAGCUUUUAGAUGUUGAGAGAAUUUUGUGUAUUUAGUAGAGACAGAGUGGGGACCUCAGCACUUACCCAUUAGGUGGUAGCAGCCACCCCAAGAGAGGGGGAGAAGGAGAGGGCAGAGCAAAAAGCAAAAACAAACGCUUCAUUUUACGUACUUUUCUACUUGCACCUUUUCUGUCCAUAGUGCAGAUUCCAUGUCAUUCCCUCAUGUAACAUGUAAAAAUGAAACGAUGUAUAUAAUAAAUAAAAUUAUUUAUUUUAUGUGUAUUUUUAGCUUAAAUGUAAACUGAAGAAAAAAAAAAAAGCGUUUAAUCUUUUUCCCAAAAAUGUAAGCCUAUUGAAAUUCAAGGUGUUUCUACCUUUUCAGAUGUAACAUUUCCAGCUACCUAUUGAUAAUAAAC